CGGCCCCGCCCCGUUGGCGCGCGGCGCGGCGGCCAUUUUGUGCGGUGCGGGCGGAGCGCGGGGCGCGGUGCGGGCCCCGUGGGCUUCGCUCUCCCUUCUCUCCCGCGCGUCCCUCGGUUUACUUUGGCUUCUUGUGAUUUGUGUAGGAAGAGACAUUUUUCAGGUAGAUUGCUACUAAGAGUCAGAAGUGCAAGGCCAGUCACUGCUGCAGUUGUACAACAGAGUUUGGAAUGUUCGCAGCCAUAUAAGCAAUGAGUUUCUUCUUGGGGAAUAAAAUCAGCAGUGUUGAUAUUACAAAAUGACAAAACAUCCUCCGAAUAGAAGAGGGAUCAACUUUGAGGUGGGAGCCCAGUUGGAAGCCCGUGACAGAUUAAAAAACUGGUAUCCAGCUCUCAUUGAAGAAAUUGAUUAUGAAGAAGGAAAAGUACUUAUCCAUUUCAAACGCUGGAACCAUAGAUACGAUGAAUGGUUUUGUUGGGACAGUCCUUAUUUGCGUCCUUUAGAGAAGAUACAGUUAAGAAAAGAAGGCUUACAGGAGGAGGGAAGUUGUGCAGGAUUUCAUGUAAAUGAUCAGGUGUUGGCAUGCUGGUCCGACUGCCGCUUCUAUCCAGCCAAAGUUACUUCUGUGAACAAAGAUGGUACAUACACUGUGAAGUUCUAUGAUGGUGUAGUUCAGACUGUCAAAAACAUUCAUGUCAAAGCUUUUUCCAAAGAUCAGAAUAUUGUGGGGAAUGCUAAGCCUAAGGAAAGAGGUAAUGAAAUUCCGUCAUCUCCUGAAAAACGGGAGAAGUUUAAAGAACAGAGGAAAGCAACAGGUAAUGCAAAGAAAGACAAGGAUGAAAAGACAUUAAAGACUGAGAAGAGAGUUAAGCAACCUGAUAAAGAGGGAAAGGUGAUAGUGAUCUCAGAAAAAGGCAAGGCCUCAGAAAAGAAUAUAUCUAAGAAUGGAAAAGAAGAUAAAGAGAAUAUAUCAGAGAAUGAUAUGGAAUAUUCAGUAGAUACGCAAAUUGAGAGGAAGCCUGAGAAUGAUAAUGUAAAGAGUCCACAGGAGAACACAAAAGACACGAAACGGAAACGUGGAAGACCGCCGAUACCACCUCCAACAGAGCCAAGUUCUCAGACGCUGCAGCCCAUAACUUUGGAGUUAAGGCAUCGGAAAAUACCUAAAGGAGGUGAAGUUCCAUCAAAGCGUCCCAGGAUUGAAAAAAACUUGUCUCAGGAAAAACUGAAGAACUCCUCAAAUAACCCUGAAAGAGACCAGAACAGGAGACGAUCUUCAAGACUCUCGUCUAGUGUUAGCCAUGAGGUUUUAAAUACAGAUCACGUCACAGCUUCAACAGAAAUUCAGCCUUUGAAAGAUGCAGUAUCUAACCAAAAGGAAUCAGAGAAGGUCCAGUUAGAAAUUCCUGCUGAAUCUGACCAAAGUUUCAGUGAAGAAGGUUCUCCUGGAAACACAUCCCAUAGCACAGCACUCAGUACGGAUGCCAGUUUACAGGAAGAAAAAGUUGGAGACACUGAGUCUUCUGCUGCUGUUGGAACUCAAGAACCUUCUGGUGCUACAGUAACAAAACCUUGUAGGAGAGCAGACUUUCUUGCAUCAAAAAAAGCUGCAACUGUUGAUCAAGAUCACAAGUUUAGAUGCAAGUUCUUGGACUGCUCCAAAUCCUUCCGCAAAGCCAAGUUAUUGCACUAUCACGUGAAAUACUUUCAUGGAGUGGAGAAGGCUGCAGAAUCACAGCAGCGCCCUGUAAAAAGAAAUAUUCAAACCAGAGCUUCUUUGGCUUCUGAAAAAGCUAAUCAAGAACGGUCCAAAAGAGGACGGAGCGCAGCGGGUUCACUGUAUGCUCCUUUCCACAUAGCCCUAAGGAGUACCCCAUCUAGAGAUGGAAAAAUAGAAAAGACAAAGACUUCAACUCCUGUAAGCACAUUAAAUAGCGACCGACGCUCAGUUAGAGAGCAAACCAGGAACCACAUAGCGAGAGUGCUGCGGAAACCUCCAGAGAAAGAAAGGAUUGAAAAUGGUGUUAAAGAACGCGAGAAGAACAAAGAAAAAAAAUCCAGAGACUAUGAAAGGCCCAAAUCAAAGAAAAAGAAAAAAAAGAAAAGGAGAACUAAGCCUGAAUACUCUGGCAGUGAAGAGAACACAGAUAUUUCGCCGGAACUUUCCCCUGAAAAAUCAGUUGUCACUAAAUGUGUUUCUUCACAUAAAUCAUCUGAGCACCCAGGCACGCUGCUGCACUGCUCUGACUCCGGGCAGCGCAGAGGAAAACCAAAACACAACGAGGAUGACACCCUGAGUGAGUCAUCUAUAGACAGCCUGCUGUGGAGUGAUGAUGACUGCAGUCAGGAUGUUGAUGUGACCACGAACCCUGACGAAGAAGCAGAAGAAAGCGAUUCCGAGAUUGUUCGGUGUGUUUGUGAAGUGAAAGAAGAAAAUGACUUCAUGAUUCAGUGUGAAGAGUGUCUGUGCUGGCAGCAUGGAGUCUGUAUGGGUUUACUGGAAGAUAAUGUACCUGAGAAAUAUUCCUGCUAUAUUUGCCAAGAUCCUCCAGGUCAGAGAUCCAGCUUAAAGUACUGGUAUGAGAAGGAGUGGUUAAGUAAUGGUCACAUGCAUGGCUUAGCCUUUUUGGAAGAAAAUUAUUCCCACCAGAAUGCCAAGAAGAUCGUAGCCACUCAUCAGCUUCUUGGUGAUGUGCAGAGAGUGAUAGAAGUACUGCAUGGACUGCAGCUGAAGAUGAGCAUACUACAAAACAAAGAGCAUCCUGAUCUGAAGCUUUGGUGCCACCCAUGGAAGCACAUCACAGUGGAUGAAAAAAUUCACACGAAACACAUCAUUCACAUUGAGGAAAGCUGCUGCAAGGAGGAGAUGUCGAGUUACAGAACUUGGAAUGGGACGGCUGAGAAACCCUCACCCGUGCCUUCUGUUGAAGAGUCUUACAUCACGAGCGAGCACUGCUACCAGAAGCCUCGGGCGUACUACCCCGCGAUAGAGCAGAGACUGGUUGUGGAGACAAGAGGCUCAGCUAUGGACGAUGGAGUAAAUAGAAUAAGGGAGAACAGGGAUGACGCCCUGUCAGAGAGAUUUGGCUGGAAUCUGGACCGAGAAAUAUGCAAGGUGGAAAAUGAAUCCAAACACAAUUACUCUAAGGUGAGAGAGCCUGUCCCCAAGAAAGCCUCUCCAGAAGACACCAUUGAAAUGAAAAUGCUGGAAAAAGACGAAGAAGGAGUUGUGAACUCACAGCUGCAGUGGCAGCUGAACCUCCUAGCUCACGUGGAGUCUCUGCAAGAUGAAGUCAUACACAGAAUGGAUUUCAUCGAGAAGGAGCUAGAUGUUUUGGAGAGUUGGCUGGAUUACACGGGAGAGCUGGAACCGCCAGAACCACUAGCCCGACUCCCACAGCUCAAACAUUGUAUAAAGCAGCUCAUAACGGACCUGGGCAAAGUGCAGCAGAUUGCGCUCUGUUGCUCAACGUGAGACUAGAAAAUGUUGGAGACUUGCUGAGUGCGAAGUUGGAGCAUCUGAUGUGAACAGCUCUGUAUUUAAAUGAGAUUAGCAUGCUGGUUGCAUGGGAUGCAGAUUGACUUCAGGGACUUGUGAAGAAAUGCUGUUUAAAGAACAGCAAAAAGGUUAUUUUAUCUCAUCAUAGUUUUGUUGUUAUUAGGCAAUUAUAACAACGUGGAAGAGGUCACACUGUUGUCUUCAGAGGCCGUGUGUUGCUAUAUCAGUUAUACUUAAAUUUUCACUCCUUACCAGUCGCUCAUUGAAACGGUAGACUUUGCGUAAUUAAAUUAACGACAAAUUGUGCCACUGAAGAACAGAGUUCUAAGAGCCAAAAAUGUUCAAUUGACAGAGGUUGUAAAUAACUUUGCAUAGUUUAAGUGACUUGUGUCAUGGUUUAUUCCUUCUGGUUUAUGCAUAAUAGCACACAGUAUUUAAUCAUUAGGUGAUGUUAUAACAGUUUUCAGACAUAGUCAGUAUGAAUGUCCAGCUCUUAACCAUGAACUGUUCCGUGAAGGUGGCCUGAGCCCCGCUUGUGUUGUGUUCAGUGAUGUAGCAGAAGGUCAUGGCGGUAUUGCACUUAUGUUCCCAAUCAAUGAUUGUUUUCCAUAUUUAUCCUGUCACUAUCACACGGCUUGGUACUGGGGAAACCCACGUUCGUUGUGCAUCCUUGAGCUCUUGAAUCUGGCUGUCCUGUGCCUCCCAAAGCGGUGCUGGAGGAUACCCUGGCUGUGGCAGUGUGGAAUUCGGCUGGGGGAAGACUGGAGUGUGCUCGGAGUUCCCGACUUCAGCAGGGUCUGUAAUGGAUGCACUGUAGUUUUCUACCCACCUGUUAAUAGUUGCCAUUCCGGUUAUAUUUUGAAACGUAGACUCUUUACGAUACUCUGAACGUGUUCGUUGUAAAGACUUAAUCUAUGAAUGUUUGGUUGGGGGGAUCAGUUUAUUUUAUAUUUGUGUAAAUAAAGCCUCACGAUCUAUGCAUGAGGUGCUGUCCUUGCAGGCAGCGAGUGGGUUAUGUUCACAAAGUCCCUUUUUAUACCUUCAGUUUGGUUUGUAUUACUUUGUGAGAGCCGGGUGAGAUGCUGCUGAUGUUCGAGUCCCAUUACACAGUCCCUUUUGAAAUGUGGGUGUACUGUAAGUAUUUGAGAUACUAAAAGUCUUUCAGCUGCAGAUCAUAGCUCUGUAAAUAACGGCUCUGUCUUGAGGUUUGCUUCCCAGAUGUCACCAAGUCAAGUUCAUUGUGGGCAGCGGAAGCUGUUUGUGCAGGGAGAGGGUGUCCUUAAGGAGCUGAAUUUCUGUCCUUGAUUUUAUUGUGUGUGACGGUACCACCAAAGGGUAAAAGCUGAGCACAGCUCUAAUCAGAAGGCCCAAAACUGUAUGAAGUAUUAAUUUGGGAUAUGAAUCUGUAAUGUUUGUGUACUGCAAAGAAUGAUGUAAACUUGAAAUACCCGAUAUUAUUGUAGCAGUUAACAGUAUCUACACAGUGAACAUUUUAUUUCCUUGGAAAAAAAACAAAAUAAUGAGGCUACUCUAGGCAGUGGUGGAGGCUUUUGUGCCCAGACUCACUUCAGGGAAUCAUUUGUCUCUCAGUUCUGUAGUACUGGUUGGGACAUAGUGAAUACAUGUACAGCAGAAAAAUAAACUUAUUUUUCUGUAACGCAAUUCUGUAAAGCUUACCUGUAUUUAAGCAUCACUUCUCUCUCUGGCACUGAGAGCAAUGCUUACACCUCAUCUCCUUCCUGUUAACAACACCCAGAUUCAUGGAUACUGCGUACUCCAGAGCAGGUGGAGGGAACCAAACACCUGAGACAGCGUCAGGAGUACCCGGGCAGCUGUGUUGGGGUUUUCGAGGUGAGACCGAGCAAAGCAGUGUUCCCUGGUUGGAAUCCGUAGGGUAGGCACUCUGGCCAGACACCUCGGGAAGAGCAGAGCUGCUGUGAGCCUGUCAGCGGGCACUUAACCCUGGAGGGCUGAGCACAGGGAAGCUCCCAGGCUUUGCACUCAGCGUGGAGCUUCUCCUUCCCAGGCGCUUGCUCUGGGGGUGCUUGUGUGCACUUUGCUUUGCCGGGGCAGCACUGCAGGUGUGGGAGAAAAGGCAGGUCUGGUGGGUGAGCGGGAUGGGGAACCCUGGGAUCGUUUUCCUUCCGUAGAGCUGGGAAGCCCUUGCAGAGAACGUGAAACUGUUUAUUUAAAAUAGAGCAGUGUUUCUCCUGUUCAGGAAAGAUUUUUGUGCUCUGCCUGGGUUCAGUUUUGUCCCUGUUUUUGCAGGCUUCCACAUUGUUGUUACUUACUCUGUGCCAACAGUUCAGUUUGGCAGGGCACUUCUUUAAUUUCUUUUACUCACUGGUGAGGGAAUGCAACGUGGAGCCGUGAUGGAAUGAGCAAACAUUGCACUGUGGGUACCUGCGUGUAUUUGUCUCUGUUUAUGCACUAUCGGACCGAGGGCGCUGUAUAUAGAGUUCUGCUUUGGAGCAAUAUCUGCAAAACUUGAAAACUUCUGUAUCCUGGUGUUUGGAAUAAAUA